UUGGGAGCGCGAACCCGAAAUCCUAGCGCGAGCGAGCCUGGGGCUGCUGCCGGGAGCGGCGCGGCGCGGCACCUGUGCGGCUGCACCUUAAGAGAGGAGCCGCUCCGGGGACGCGGAAAUGCACCAGCGGCCGGCAGUGGCAGCAGCCUGGGCAAACCCCGCCCCCUUGCAGUAGCCCAGUUUCCAACUCUUCAUCUUUGGUCCAGGCAGCACCCUGUAGCCUAUGCCCCUGCCAGCCCCGCUCCCCGUUCAGCCCCAGCAGCCCACGUCCCCGCAUCCAACACCUUGACCGCCCUGCUCCUCCCACAAGCGGCUGCAGUGCAGGUCCUUCCCUUAUCAUCUUUACUCCCUGCUCCACCUCUUGCACCUUGAUCACGGUCUCCUCCCAACUCUUGCUAAACCGCAGUGCCAGGAACUGGGCCCCUCCCCUCCAGACUCAUGGCACAGGACGCCUGUCCCAGCUCUGCACUCAUUGUAGGGGACUGUGCAGACAUGAAUCCCAGGAAGGUGGCUCUCAUCACGGGCAUCACUGGCCAAGAUGGCUCGUACUUGGCUGAGUUCCUGCUGGAAAAGGGCUAUGAGGUGCAUGGAAUUGUUCGCCGAUCUAGUUCUUUCAACACUGGCCGGAUUGAGCAUCUCUACAAGAAUCCACAGGCUCACAUUGAAGGAAACAUGAAGCUGCACUAUGGUGAUCUCACAGACAGUACUUGCCUGGUGAAGAUAAUUAAUGAAGUGAAGCCCACUGAAAUCUACAACUUGGGAGCUCAGAGCCAUGUCAAAAUUUCUUUUGACCUAGCAGAAUAUACUGCUGAUGUUGAUGGAGUUGGCACUUUGCGGCUUCUAGAUGCUGUUAAGACCUGUGGCCUUAUCAACUCUGUGAAGUUCUACCAAGCCUCAACCAGUGAACUUUAUGGGAAAGUGCAAGAAAUACCACAGAAGGAGACUACCCCUUUUUAUCCCAGAUCUCCAUAUGGAGCAGCCAAACUGUAUGCCUACUGGAUUGUGGUGAACUUCAGGGAGGCCUACAAUCUCUUUGCUGUGAAUGGCAUUCUCUUCAAUCAUGAGAGUCCCAGGAGAGGGGCUAACUUUGUGACUCGAAAAAUUAGCCGAUCAGUAGCUAAGAUUCACCUCGGACAGAUGGAAUAUUUCAGUUUGGGCAAUCUGGAUGCUAAAAGAGAUUGGGGCCAUGCCAAAGACUACGUUGAGGCUAUGUGGCUGAUGUUGCAAACGGAUGAGCCAGAGGACUUUGUCAUAGCUACUGGGGAGGUCCACAGUGUCCGUGAAUUUGUGGAGAAGUCAUUUAAACACAUUGGGAAAACCAUUGUGUGGGAAGGAAAGAAUGAAAACGAGGUAGGCCGAUGCAAGGAGACAGGCAAGAUUCAUGUGACAGUCAAUCACAAAUACUACAGGCCAACUGAAGUGGAUUUUCUUCAAGGAGAUCGUACCAAAGCAGAACAAAAACUGAAUUGGAAACCUAGAGUCACUUUUGAUGAGUUGGUGAAAGAGAUGGUGGAAGCUGAUGUGGAACUCAUGAAGAAUAACCCCAAUGCCUGAGCCUGUUCUUUGCCUCCAAAUGGGCUUUUCAUCUUCCCUAGAAAAAUCACUCCCUACGGUUGGUGGAGGCUGCCAUCUGCAUCUUAGCUGGACAUAAUUGAUUGGAGGAGAAUCAUGAUCGGUGUAAAAUGUUGGGGGGGGCUUUUUAAUUAAUUUUAUUGUAUGUACUUGUGUAAAAGAUACAUUUAAUUUCCAGACCUUUAAUUUGCAAGUAAGAGAAGAUCUCAAACACCAUUGCUACUGCUUCUGUUUAACUUUCUUAAAUUUGAGGUUUAUCUCCAGGGUUGUUUCUCCUCAUCAUGUACCUGAAAUAUAUUGGCUGGGAUCUGACCGGUGGGCUGUCCAGUUAAUUUCCUUUUGAUAUUAAAAAUCAUCUUUCUACAAAGGACCUGAAGUGCAUUUUAGUGCUUUCUCCAACUAAAAAUGAAAGAAAAUCAAAACAAACAAACAAAAAACCUUUGCCACUAACAUUCCUCCGGCUCUUUUCCGCUAGUCUUCCUUUACUGUACACUCCUUGUUUUCAUUUCCUGCUGCUUACCUCCACCUCAAUGUACCAUUUCCACUGCUUGAACUCUUUAAAGUUUGGGUAACUGAUAUAACUUACAGUGAAAUUACCUUUGGUCCAUGACGAAUUAAUUCCUAAUUGCUCAAAUAUAUUUCAAACUAGUCAGGGGGAUUGUAAAGCUGUUUUUGAAAUCGCCGGUUCCUGUGUGCGUGAGAGACAGAAGAAAUACAAUAAGCUUCUCUAUCCAGCACCUUUAAGAUCCAAUUCCUGCAGAAUUGAGCCAUUCACAUUUCUGCUGACUAGAAUUAGAGCUCACCCAGGAGCUGCAACCAUCUCGAAAGAUACCUUAAGAAAUAAAAACUAAGUAAAUAAAUAAAAUAGUAACUUCAAGGUAAGUAAAUAUUGUUGAAAGAUUUCGUGCCAAGGUACCCAGGUUAUCCAGAGGUCGUGGAGCCCAUACAUUUCCCUUUGGUUGAAGAUCUACCACCCAGCAAUUAACUCUUCUCUUAACUUUAUGCCUGGAAAAUUAGCCAGGCUUCG